GGGUUUUUUUUUUUCCCGCCGAAGAAGUAGAGCGCACUCGGCAAGAUGGCGUCGCUGUCUUUUUCUCAAAAGAAAGCCCUGGCGUUGCUCAUUUUAAGGAGGAGGAGAAGGAGGAGGAGGGGGAGACUUGCUGCAGGAAAAAAGCCGAUGUGGGUUCCUCCCAUUGUCAAGGCUCGUCGGAAUCUCGCAGAGUUUGGACUUGUUCGUGAGCUACAAUUUGACCAAGACCGCUUUGAGCUAUAUUUCAGGCUAAGCAGAGAGCAGUUUGAAAGCCUCCUGCGGAGAGUUGGCCCAAGUAUCACGAAGAAAACUACAAACUUAAAGCAGCCCAUUUCGCCAAAUCAACGUCUGGCCAUUUGUUUGAGAUUCCUGGCAAGCGGAGACUCCUACACCGCCAUUGCCUCCAGUUACCGCUUGGGGAUCUCGACAAUAUCAGGCAUCGCAUCUGAUGUCUGCCGGGAGAUUUGGAACCACCUGAAGGAGGAGUUCCUACCUGUCCCGAAGGCUGCAGAUUGGAGGGAAAUAGCCCGAGGUUUCAGGGAGAGGUGGGACUUCCCCAACUGCUUGGGAGCCUUGGAUGGCAAGCACGUUGUCAUCCAGGCACCAGCAAACUCCGGCUCGCUAUUUUACAACUACAAGGGCACCCGCUCCGUGGUCCUGAUGGCCGUCGUGGAUGCCAGCUACCGCUUCAGGGUGGUGGACGUGGGCGCUUUUGGACGCAGCAGCGAUGAGGGAAUUUUUGCUGCGUCAGCUUUUGGACAGGCUUUGGGGCGGGGCACCCUGGACCUGCCGGAGGAUGCCCCUCUCCCUGGCGCUGCCCACCUGGGCCCCAUGCCUCACACAUUUGUGGCAGAUGAGGCUUUUCCUCUCAGGACAAAUUUGCUCCUGCCCUACCGCGGAAGAAACCUUUUGAGUUCGGAAAGGAUUUUCAACUUCCGCCUCUCCAGAGCUCGCCGAGUAGUUGAGAACGCCUUUGGGCUCCUCUCUGCCCGGUGGAGGAUUUAUCAUCGCGUGAUUGGAGUGAAACCUGAAAAUGUGGAUUUGAUUGUGAAGGCCACUGUGGCUCUUCACAAUUUUCAGAGGUGGAACUCGGCAGGGCAGGCCGACUUCACGCAGGAAGCCGAGGCAUGCCCUGCGCGUGCCCUACGAGAAGUCCCGACUGUCAGCUCCGACCACGCCUGCAAAGAUGCCACUGCCGUCCGGGACAAGUUUGCGACGUACUUCCUCUCUGCUGCCGGUGACGCGUCCUGGCAGAAACAGCUCGUCUGACCGCUUACCUGACCAAACCGUCUCCUUUUGCCGCUUCAAAAAACAAACAAAAACAACGUUCGCCUUUAAGAGCCGGUCAUUUUUCCCUGCAUUUCAAAGUUUCAAAAAAAGUAACACUGAAUGUAAGUUCCUAACUCAUCAUCGUCAUUCUACAUAAAACUCUAUCUGUGCACAGAAAAAUCUGGAAAAAAAACAAUACUUCCAUUGGCCAAAAUGUUUUAUUGAACAGGUGUGUAAACUGUGAAGACAAAUUGAGAACAUGCUGAACUAUAGAACGAACAAACAUUGAUUGAAGAGCAACUUAAAAGAAUGACAUCAUGUCUAUGAAAACUGUA